CGCCUCUUUCCUACUCUGCUUUUUGCCUCUUUCUUUCGACUCUCUCUGUUCUCGAUCCCCAGCCUCAAAACUUCAUCUCCAUUUUGCUUGAAAGAUGGAGUCAGCUGAAAAGGAUGCAUCUCCAAAGAAGGAUUCCACUCCUCCUACUCCAGCUGCUGAAGACCCUACUCCUCCUACUCCAGCUGCUGAAGAAGGUCCCGAGGUAAACAAUUCAGAAGCUGCUAGCAAUAGAAAAUCUUGGGUAUGGAAUCAUUUUAAGUAUGUGGAUAAUAUGACUGAAACGAGUUGUCCCUACUGUAAGAAGUUAAUUAGGUGUCAUGUCAAAAAGAAUGGGACAAGGUCUUUAGGAAAUCAUUUGAAAAAUUCUUGUAGGACAUCUCCUGUUUACAAGGGAAAACAUGAGAAUAAGAAACAAAAGACUUUGGAGAGUUUUCAAACUUGUAAAUCUGGAAGUGGGAAUAUAUUAGAGGUUCAUAGUUUUAGUCAAGAGAGAUGUCGUAGGUCAUUAGCUAAGAAAAUUUCUGGUUCUAAAUACUUGACUUCAAAUUUGUUUUUUAAUGAACUUAUCAAGAUGCAUGUGAACAUUGGCAAAAUGUGCUCUAAUAAGGAUCCUAAGUGUCAAGAGAUGGCAAGGCGGAUGAAAGAAAAGUAUGAUAAAUACUGGGACAACAUUGAUAAUAUUAACUUUCUUCUUUACGUGGCUGUUCUCUUGGAUCCUCGCAAGAAAAUGCAGUAUGUUGAAUUUAGUUUUGCUCAGAUUUAUGUGGAGGACAGGGAGAAGCAGAUUUUGAUGAAGGAGAAAGUAAAAAAUACACUUGAUGCUCUUUAUAGAGACUAUGUGAGACUCCAGGUGCAAGAUAUUGUUUACACCGGCACUAAGGGUAAAAAUAGUACUUCAGGAACAUUUGGUACAACUCCAAUGGUAAUAGACGAUGAUCAAGAUGAUGCAGACUUGGAAAUGGAUUUUCAGAGGCACCUAGAAGCUGAAGAAACGAAAGAAAACAAAUCUGAGAUAGAUAUUUAUUUGUCUGAUGGGGUUGAAAGAGGUGUAACCGAUGAUUUUGAUGUCCUGCUUUGGUGGAAAUCGAAUUCCACAAAGUUUCCGAUUCUCUCAUAUGUAGCAAAGAAUGUAUUGGCUAUGCCAAUAACAACUGUAGCAUCAGAAUCAGCAUUUAGUACUGGCGGAAGGGUCAUUGAUCCGUUUAGGAGUUCACUUACUCCAAAAACUGCAGAAGCCUUGAUAUGUGCCCAGGACUGGUUGCGAUCAAACACAACUGACAUUGAAACUCCACUUGGUAUUGUUGAAGAGACAAGGCAGAAACUUGAAGAAGUUGAAUUGGAUGAAUUGUCAAAAGGCCCAAAAUAUCUGCUCCAGGUUGUUGUUGAAGAGUGACAAGCAUAUUUUGCUUUAGAGUUUUGCGAUGGAAGAUCCAAGAAUUUCAAGACCAGUUUUAAAUUUUAAAUGCAAAUGACAUUAGCCUAUGUAACUUUUGCCUUUUGUUAUUGCUGGAACCUGGAAUAUUUGUUUGCUA